GGCAACCGUGCAAGUACAGUUUUGCUGAUCUCUGCUAGAUCGAGGCUCUGGAGGCGAAGUAAAAAAAAAAAGAGGAAUGAAACGAGAGAAAAGAGAAAUAUGUUGUUGUGGAACCGUGACUGACUAAACACACUCGAGAUUUCUCUCCUCUUUCACGAUUCUUCCGUCUCAGAUAGCGCCGUUCGCGGCGCAUUUCAAAACUAAGCGGCCAAACAGGCGAAGUACGCUGUGGCGUGUAGAUGCUGGCUGAUAGCUGUUCCGCGUUGAGGGCGUUAUUUUGACAAUCAGGUCCCGUAAUUUGGUCAAAUGAGGGCUGGAAUUCUGUGAUCGAAGUGUGUACAGUGUGCUGUGUGGUUGUGUGCUUGGAGUACCUGGAGUAUAUCGAGCUGACAACAGUAUUUUGUGAAUGGAUAGUUGCAGAUUGGAAUCUCUGUUAAGCUGUAGGAGGUGCCAUUGACUUAUCGGUCAUCAUAUUUAUCUGUCGCCGGAAGAAGAUGUGUCGGGCCACGUGAUGGAGGUGACGCGCGACUACGUGACCGUCGUGGCGGUGCAGGGCUCGUCCCCCGCGGAGGAGUACGUGACGGUGCUGAGCGUGGGGUGCGAGGCGCCUGACGGGGCGGAGGAUGUCCUGGUGUACCGGCUGCCGGGCGAGCGCCUCGGCUUUGGGCUCAAAUUUGAGGGCGGAACGAGCACGAGCGAGAAGGUGCGGCGCCUCUUCAUCCAGUCGUGUGCCCCGGACAGCCCCGCGUCGCGCGCGCACUGCUCCUGGGGAUCGCUGCAAGAGGGCGACGAGGUCCUGCAGAUCGACUCGGUGCCCGUGACGGCCAUGACGCGUCUGGACUGCGUUCGUAGCCUCAAGGAGUCGAACGUGGUGAUCAAACUGCUUGAGGAGCUGAGCUGCCUCACGGACACGGGCAGUGACGACACAGGGAGCAGCAUCUCCACGGUGCUAGGCCCCUUCGACCAGCUGGAGGAGGACACGCUGCAGCCCCCCCUCAGCUUCCAGGACGCGCCGCUGAGUUACAGCGACGAGAAGGUGCUGCCGCCGAAACCCGCCCCUCGCAAGGACGUGCAGGCGAGGUUCAGACCAUAG